UCUACUCAAUACAUAUUGCAAUCAAGGUUUACAAACUAUACGAUUUGAUAAGAAGUUACUUUGGAGUUUGGUUUCUUGUUAUGUUUACAGGGAAGUCUUCGAAGCAUCACUGUUUGUUUGUUAAUUUUAUUCUCUCUUGGUUGAUUCCUUAUUGUCUUCAGAUACUUGUUAUCAGCCGUAAAUGAUAAUUAUAUGAAUUUUAAAAUUUUAUUUUUAUGUAAAAUUUAGUUGCAGAGAAAUUUUAUUUUCAUACAAAUUUAGUUGAAGCUAAAAAGCUGAUCAGCUUUUAAAUCUUCAGUAUCAUCUAGCUAUUUGGUUACAUGCUUAAAUCUCCAACUAGAAGUUUUUUACUUCCAUCAUACAUCAAACAAGCUAGUGGGAGUAAUUCUUUUUCGAGGGUAAUGUUGUAGUGUUUCUAUCUUUCUGUUCUGUAUCUGAGAUCAGCAGUAAAUGAUCAUCAUUUUCAUCUCAUAUGUAAUUUUACCAAAGUUUUUGAGAUACAAGAUGUAGGAAAAAAAAAGACCAAGGCAAUUUUGUUCAUUUAACUUUUUGUUCAAGUAGAAAUGUCACCACCAGGACAAAGUUUAUUAGUUAUGGCAUCUCUCUGUCACUAACAAAUUUGUUUUCACCUUAAUUGCACUUAGAAUACAGGUUAUUAUGAGUAGUAAUAUGUCCUACCAGCAAGAGCAAAAUCCCGGAGGAGAAACUCCAACAAAGAAUCCUGGAAUGGAGGUAAUGGCAGGUCAGUCUGAGAAUGAGGUUGAAUCCGCAUUGCGUAUGGAAGAUGGAGAACAACCCAGGUCUAAUGCAUUUCCCUCAUUCAGCCGCCCGUCAUCAGUUUACCUUCUGACCUUGGAUGAAUUCCAUAACACCCUUAGGGGUAGUGGCAGGAACUAUGGAUCCAUAAACAUGGAUGAGUUCCUUCAAAGCAUUUGGACUGCAGAAGAAAAUCAAGUCCAAGCACAAAAUGCUGCCAUAACCGUGCCUGCUGUGCCACACAUGACAAUUGUCAAUAACAUCAAUCCACAAAAUCCGUCUUUUGAGAGCUCAAAUGGGAGGGGUAGUACGGCAAGAAACUUGAGCUUGACAGGACAAGGAUCGCUGAGUGUUCCAGCACCUUUGAGCCAAAGAACAGUGGAAGAAGUGUUGUCUGAGAUCAAUAGAACAGAGCAAAACACCAACAAUAUUACUCAUGCUGGCUCCAAGCAGAGCGGUCCUACAUAUGGAGAAAUGACUCUGGAGGAUUUUCUGGUCAGGGCAGGAGUAGUCCCAGAAGAAAGCGCAAGACCAUCACAACCACCUUCAGCAUUUCCUCCCUCUCCGCCUCCUCCUCCUCAGCUGCCUCAGCUUCAGCCGCAGCCUCAGUCUCAGCUUCUUUAUGGUAUGAGCACACCAAGAAGUAAGCUGAAUGGCCUGGUGGAGAGGGUUAUUGAGAAGCGGCAAAAGAGGAUGAUGAAGAACCGGGAGUCAGCAGCACGAUCCAGAGCAAAAAAACAUGCGUAUACUAUUGAACUGGAAGCAGAGAUAAAAUAUAUGAAGAAUGAGAAUUUUAACCUUAGACAGGAAUUGGCAGAGUCAUUCACCAGAUCGACGCAGCAGAACACUGAUGCAGCAAAACCCAAAGAUCAGGCCAAAGGAAAAGAUAAACUUGGAUUGUUGAGGAGGUGUCCGAGCUCUCCAUUCUAAAGCCUUAUGGCAGUUUACUCAGUGAGGUGGAUCUUUCUGUUUCUGGUUU